CGAUUUUGGAAGGCUCGCGGGGCGCUCACACCAAAGCUCGGCAGAGGAUUGGUUGUUCCCGAGCCAGGGAGCGCUUUCUCUGGGGGACCGCGGCUGUGACCGAGGUGGAUCGCCUCAGGCGGCUAGGCAGAUUCUUAACCACUGCGCCACCAGGGAAGUCCCUGAUUCUGUUCUUCUGCACUUUUUACGGAUGGGUACCCCCGCCUCUGUAGUGAGCGAGCCACCCCCCGGCCAGGCCCCGACAGAAGCCCGGGGCCGCAAGCAGGCCUCGGCCAACAUCUUCCAGGAUGCUGAGCUGCUGCAGAUCCAGGGCCUGUUUCACCGCAGCGGGGACCAGCUGGCCGAGGAACGAGCGCAGGUCGUCUGGGAGUGUGCAGGGGACCACCGUGUGGCGGAGGCCUUGAAGAGGCUGCGCAGGAAGAGGCCCCCUCGGCAGAAGCCCCUGGGCCCCUCGCUACACCACUGCAGCCGGCUCAGAAUCACAGAGGCCCGCGCUCCACUGGCCGACCCACAGAGCAGUGCCACGGAGAUGGCUUCCAGCGGGCAGUAUCUGAACUCCAGGAGGACCAGUGCCAGGAUCCACCGGAACUGGAGGAAGCCAGGUCCCACAAGCUACCUUCAUCAGAUCAGACACUGAUCCGGGGACGGGGCUGGGAACAGCUCUCUCUUCCCCAGGAUUCAUAGGGACUUUUGCCAAAGGGUCUGGGGAGGCGAAGAAGGAAGAGAGUUGAAGCAGACAGCCCCACUGCUGCCACUGGCCCGCUCGAGUCAGAACAGGCCCGGAGGCUUCCACUGAGCUGUUAUAUGGGACCCAUUCCUCACCAGAUUGAGGAGAAACAGUGACCGUUCCUGCCUCAGCCCUUCUCAAUUUAACACUAUACCUGGGCUGCAUGAUAUUCCCCUGGGAGUCAAGGACAGGCACUCAGACUCAGCAUCUCACCACUCCUGCUACUGACCCUCCUACUACUACCGUAACCCGUCGUCCAGCAGCUUGUCCCACACCCCUGCCCCUUCAGGCCAGCACAAGGAAACCAUAGUUGAAGUGGCAAAAUAAAACCGUUCACAUCAA